CUCGACACCACACAACAUAUUCCGCCACAGCCCACCGUGGCAUAAUCACAAACUGUCCCACAGGCAAUACUGUAACUACUUUUGCUCUGGCAUGCUGUCGAGCAUCAGCAAGCGUACUGCUUCUUGGGAGUGAAUGUGAUGGACGACACAUGGCCGCCAAAGAACCAGCGCCACAGUAACAAGAGAUCUUUCUCAGACAUGUCACAGCAAGCCACUCUUUCACCUUCUCCGAUACUCUUCCACCGAGCUCCACCAUCUUCAAGUUUCCCUGGAUAUAACAGCCCCUCAGCCCCUCACGAAAACACCCCCGGAACUGUUGCGCAGCGACGUACCCCACACCCUCAUAAUCCACCAGUGCAAAGUUUUCACAGACCUACGGGAGAUAUGCCUGAGCGACCACGAUCACAGCUUCGACCGCAACUAGAGCAUCGUGCUUCCCAGACUCUCACGAUCGAUCUUACCGAUGAACAUGACGAGGCUCCCGUUGCUUCGCAGAAUAGUUCUCAAUCACAGAGACCGCCACGUCUUGGAAGAAGUGAUGCGAUAGAAAUGGCAGAUGUCAUAGAUCUCACUUCUGAUAAUGAUGUCGAGAUAACAGGAGUAACUGCCCGCCAGCUCCCAUUACCUCGCCCUGGGGUAGCUCGCCCUCCUCCGCCACAGCGAUUCCCACGACGAUUCGCCUCACCAUCCCUCUUUGUGCCUCAAGACCCUCCUACAAGACACUUCAAUAGAUUGUUCUCUCAGGAUGGUCCGUUUGGCGCUGGUAUUCACAUAAGAUCUGAACAAGGGCAGAUAAUCAUUCGCAACCGUCCAGAUUUUAUAGAACAUAUCCAGAUGUUGGCUAAUGCACAAGCAAUGCCUGGCCAAAUGGAUUAUCAACAUGGCGCUUUUGCGGAUCGGAAACCCGACCACGUUCCCCCUCCGCCUGCCAAGGAAGGUUUUACUAGAUCUCCAGUGGAAACAGACGUCGUAAUCUGUCCAAGCUGUGAAGAUGAGUUAAUACACAACAAGGACACAGAGGAGCCGAUGGUCAAGAAAGGAGGUAAAGCUCCUACAAGAAAGGAGAGAGAGGAGCAUCCCUUCUGGGUAGUAAAGGAAUGUGGUCAUGUCUAUUGCAAUCGCUGCUAUCAGAACCGUGUGCCAUCUAAGCAGCAGCCUACAACAGUAAGCUUUCGCGAAAAGACUGCCGGUGGUAAAGGCAGCAAGAGCAUCCCAAUGUGUGCUGUCGAGGAUUGCCCAUCAGAAAUCAGGAACAAGGAUAGAUGGGUUGGCGUGUUCGUCUGAUUCGCCUGCUUCGUUUCACUACUGACGAUACUUCGCAACAUCCCCUCAAACAACACAAUUCUGAAGGAUAGCGGUCCCGGGGUUUUCACUGAAUUGCAUUGCAUAGAUCCAGCAUGGAGUACAGCGUGGAGUAUGGAAACGGAGUUCUGGAAUCAUUGACUUGAUCGAGGCGUUCAGGCCUGCUUUGGGUCAACAGGCAUGGGGCAUAUGAUAAUGGGCUACUGUUCCUGGCAUCACGGACAAUUUGAUGGUGCAGUAUAACUAAGACAAAGCAUUGAACCGUCCAUUGACACCAUGCCUUGUGCAAGUUCAUAAGUCUGGUCUUAUAUAACUGACGCAGUGCAGCAUCUAGUAUGGUUGGCAAGGUUAUGUUCGAGUUUGCAAAAGUAUAUUGCGCGCUGUUAGUGUCAG